AUGUAUGGUGUGACGAAAUGCGUGGUUGGAUACUCGGGUGGCAACGAAUUGAAUCCUUCCUAUUCCGAAAUGAAGGAUCACACAGAAAGCGUACUUGUGGAAUUUGACCCAACUCUAAUAUCCUACCAAUCCAUUCUUGAAAAGUGGAAAGCUUUGAGCAAUCCGUAUCCAGGCGCUGAUCGCCAAUAUCGCACAGCUAUCUUUUUUUGCAAUGAAGACCAAGAAACAACCGCCCGACAAGCUUGUGGCGGAAUGGAAGAUAUGGUAGAUGUCGAACCAAUCACGAGAUUCUAUUUAGCCGAAGCAAGACACCAGAACUUCUUGGCUCGCCUGUAG